UCAGGUCAUGACUUAAGUCUGACUGGGUGUGACCAAAUUGUACAGUUUGAAUGAGGAUGAUGUAGGGUCAAUAUUAGCUGCUGCAGCUCUCUGCUAAUACUAAUACUCAUAUUUGUUUUGUCUUAGGCCUUAGUUUGAGUUUCCCUGGCUUUCUUUAAAGUCCUUGCAGUGCACCUGCGACGUUAAGGUCUUAGUAGGUUGCAAACAGUCUCCAAGAGUGUUUCUGUGAGGUACCGAUCAGCGUUUUUAAUCAGAGAAUCGAAUCGUCUGUCAGAGGACUUUGCGGCAAGCUGGCAUGGCAGCAUACAGAAAAUUCCAGCAGCUCCUUGGAUUUGUUGGAUUCAUGUUUCUCAUCCUGUUGUUCUUUUACCACUGGGACACGUCACAAGAAAAGAGAGAGAAGAUCCAUCAGCUGCAGGAACUGAGGAAGAAGCUGCUGAGAGAAAUGUGUGAUGGUGACAAAGAGGCGUUUUCUGAGGGGAAGCGCGGGUUUGAAGACAUGAGUAACGGCGAGCUGGGUAACCUCGUUGUGGACGACAAUCGUGGCGUCAUCUACUGUUUUAUUCCAAAGGUGGCAUGUACGAACUGGAAGAGGGUUAUGUUUUCCCUGAAAAAGGGCGAGCCAUAUGAGGACCCCAUGUCCAUAUCUGGUGAUUUGGUCCACAUCCCCAAUGAGCUCACUUUCCUGAACAGCUUUCCAAGAACGGAGAUUAAGGUGAAGCUGAAGCACUACACCAAGUUCCUGUUUGUCCGGGACCCGUUUGUCCGUCUCAUCUCCGCCUAUCGAGACAAGUUCCAGCGGCCCAGGCAGUACUUCUAUUAUUACUUCGGCCGGGACAUAUUGCAACUGUAUGCUAACCAGCCCAACCCACCACAGUCAGUGGACGAAGCCUAUUCAUCUGGUCUGCGCCCCUCAUUUUACAACUUCAUACAAUACCUGAUAGACCCUCAGACGGAAAAGAGGGGGCCCUUCGAACCACACUGGAGGCAGAUGUACCGCCUAUGCCACCCCUGCCUCAUACAAUACGACUUUGUUGGCCAUCAGGAGACUCUUCAAGAUGAUGCUGAACACCUACUGAGGAUGUUAAGACUGGAGGACGACAUUAAGUUCCCUCCUUCCUAUGAAAACAUGACUUCCACUGAAUCUGUGUUGAACUGGUUCAAAAUGGUGCCCCUAGAGGAGAGGAGGAAGCUGUACAAGCUCUAUGAGGGGGACUUCAGGCUCUUUGGCUACCGAAAACCUGCCGAAUUGCUUGACGGUUGAGAUGAAGACAUGAUGGACAACAUCACUCUUCCCAGACAAACGCAGAAAAAUAGGAGCUCUGGUCUAUAAUUCCUAGUAAUGAAGUCUAAAGUCAAAAUUAUUAUGAAACAUACAAAUGAAAGCUGUUGUAAUGAUAAUGUAAAAACAGAGGAAUGUAAAAAAUAUUGGCUAUAGUCUCAGUGAGAUAACAAUGUUUCUGUGUUAAUAAAAAAGGAUAAAUUGUUCAAAGUAAUAAAAUCAUGACAUUAAAAAUAUUUGUUGUUUAGUGAUCCGACA